AUGCCAUCUCGUGCAGUUAUCCCACGGCAAGGCCGGACUCAAGUUCAGAAGCUCAGCACCGUGACGGUCAGAUAUGACUUGCAGCGCAACCUGGACGAUUUUAAAACACAGCUUCGCGAAAUUACAGCUCCCAGACAUCCAGGAGUUACCGAUCCAAGCCAGCCAGAGAUCUUUCAUCAACCUCAUAGCCCUGACAGAGAUGAGAGAGAUGGACUCAUGCCUGUGAAACCGCAGUCGGAUCCAGACAUUCCGGAUGUAUAUGCUGGCCCUACCAGUUACGCCUUUGGAAUGGUUACGGCUGAUGCAAGACUUUCCAACCUCACCCCGUCCAGUAGGGAGUUUACUGCCAUUGAUAGCCCGUCCCCUCCGCUGAUCCCCGGCUGUGCGCUUGCGGAAUCAGUUGCUCAGCCGGCUGAAGCUUGGGAAGCGCAUAGCGAAACCUCGCUCGAUAAUUUCACGCUCGAAGAGGCCAUGCAGUGCUUGGACACAUUUCAAGCUGUGUUCGGGGUCCUCCACUCUCUGCCGCAGCUGGAGAAGAUCAGGUCAAGUUUGCCUAGCCUCUUGCGGUCUACGAAAAGAUCACUCUGGAGCCAGCCCACCACUCCAGGGCACUGUGGCCUUUUGGAGAUGUUGAAGAUCAUUUUGGGAAUCGCCCUGGUUGCACAGAAUGGUGGGAGAACAAAGCUGUCAGACACCCUUUACCAGAGCGUUGAACCUACCAUUGUGGCCGCUGUCUUUCAGCGCACCAUCAGUCACGACUUCCGAGCCUUGUUGUUGCUCGUGGCCAUAUAUCACUUCGGUAAUGAGGAUCUAGUCCUCGGAUCUAGAGCCAUCAUGUAUGCGGCACGUACAGCUAUCGAGGAAGGUCUCUAUCGGAUUGAAAAACUCUCGGUCAUCAUCCCCAAUGAGAGGGAACGCCAGGCGGUAAUCCGGCAACUAUGGAGCUUGUUCGUACUGGACCGUCAAUUCAAUUUCGCCGCUGGGUUACCACAUCAUCUCAAUGACAACGACGUCGACCUGCCCACUCCUGUCGGCGACGGCUACCUCGCUGCAAUGGUCAGUUAUGUUAUAUUUGGAGCGCAAGCAUGGAAUUCGCUGGUGAACCGCAACCUGCUGGCAAGUGGGCAAGCUCCAUCAAAAGAUGCGAUGAACUUUUUCCGCUAUCAAGUCCAUAAAUGGCAGCAGGAUUUGGACCCUUCGGUGUGCUUCGACGCCGCAACGAUAGAAUCCGAUGAUCAUGGGUUCUUCACCUCCACAUCGGAUGAAGUGGAGGUGUAUCGCAGGACACUCCUGUAUCUCCGCGCAAACCAGAUCCAGAUCCUCGUCCUCCGUCCCAUGCUCAUAUAUCCCCAGACUGCUCGCAACAAUACUGCCUUGGUCAUGGAAGCCAUCAACUUGGCCAAAAGGUCCAUCCGGACGUUGAGGAUCUUGGCCACAGAUGUCUAUUUCUAUAGAACAAGGCAAGCACUCUUUAAUCAUUUCCUCUCAUCUGCGUUGUCGGUUCUCUUUCUGGUCGCAGCAUAUGAUGCAGAAACCCGGGCAAGUAAAGCCGCACCACGGGACAAUGCAGCCACACUACUGGGAGACUCGACGAUUGAGCUGCAGCAAGGUCUCGAUCUGAUCGACUACCAUCGGCCUCAUUCGCAGUCUGCAGCGAGACUGUGGGCGCGCUUCUACCGGCCGAGGCAACAGCUCAUUCGGCUAGGCAUCUUACCAAGCACUUCUGCAGCAAGAUAUCAACAAGAUCAGCAUCUCCGCCAAACACCAACAAGAGCAGGUCUAAACGAAACGCCGGAGCAGGAAGAGCAGUACGCAGAGGGCAUAGUCGCCGACGGAAACACUGAACUAGGCGGAGCAGGAAAUCUUACUCCCCAAUUGGACGCUUCUGUUCCCAUUGGUUUUGAUCCAGCAAACUUUGAUCACGAAAAUGGUCUCUUAUGGUUGGAUUGGUUUGAUGGGGCGUUCAUGGAUUCCUCUGUGCCGUUUGGCAUGCCAGGAUGGAUGUGA